AUUUUGUUUGCCAUACUUAUCCUCUCCCUGUUCUUGUCCUCUUUCGUGCACCCAAAACACGAGGGACAACUCCGAUGACCGGAACUGUUCAAUCAAAUGACGAAAAUGUCCUCACUCUAAAUACAUUAACGAGAAAAUCCCCGUAAUUUUGAGAAAAAGAAAGUUCUUUUCCGUCCACUCACUAAAUUCCCUUUCCCUUUUGUCCCUCCUCUUCCCUUGACCUAAAAAAAUUAGGAAAAAAAAAAAAAACUGUAGAGAGAGAGAGUCUUGAGAGAGAAAGCAAAAAAAUGGAUGGUAGCAAUUACAGGAUAGAAGCGGAGCGGUGGCUUACCAUAGCGGAGAAGCUGUUAACGGCACGCGAUUUUCAAGGAGCCAAGACUUUCGCGAUACGAGCACGAGAGUCUGACCCGAGACUGGUAGAUUUCUCCGAUCAAAUAAUCGCCGUUGCCGACACUCUUAUCGCCUCAGAGUUAAGAAUCAUAAGCUACAACGGCGGUGGUGGCCAUGACUAUUACGCGAUCCUACAACUUCCAAGAUUGUCUCAGUCUAUGGAACUCGUGGCAACUCAGUAUCGUAAGCUUGCUUUGCUUUUGAAUCCUACAAGAAAUAGAUUGUCAUUUGCUGAUCAUGCCUUUAGGCUUGUAUCUGAGGCAUGGAUGGUGUUCUCGAAUCCGUCUAAGAAGGCAAUGUACGAUCACGAUUUGCAGAUGAGUCAGCUGGGACAACUCGGACAACUUGGACAACUAGGGCAACUGGGUAUGCCUGGUCAAGAGUUUCCACAGGGGCAAACAUCGCAAGGAAAUGUAAGAAGAAGCCCUAGGAUUAGUCGGGAAGAGGAUAACAUGGCUCAAUCGGAGACAAAUCGGUCAACUCGUUUUGAAACUCAGCCGAGAAUGGCUGAGCCGCCGAGAAUGGCUGAGCCGAUUAGGCCUAUAGCUCAACAUAAAGUCACUGAGCUGCCUAUUCGACCUGAGCCACCUAUUCGUCCUGUACCCCAGCCUGUAGCUCAACCUAAACCAAGUGAACCAAUUCGUCCUGCCCCGCAGUCUGUUGCAACUGAGCCAAGCAGACCGGCUGCUCAGCCGAAAGCAUCCGAGUUGACUCGGCCAGUUCCCCAGUCGAAAGUUCAAGAAUCAACUCGGCCAGCUACCCAGCCUACUAGUGCUGAGCCAACACGUAAAACUCGGUCGGGAACUCAGUCUAAUGCUACUGAGACCCAGGUACCAAGUUUCUGGACUGCAUGUCCGUACUGUUUCAUUCUCUAUGAGUACCCGAAGGGUUAUGAGGAGUGUGCGGUUAGGUGCCAGAAAUGUAAACGAGCGUUCCAUGCUGUAAUAAUACCAUCACCGCCAGUGACAGGUAAAGACACGUACUUUUGUUCUUGGGGGUUUUUCCCAUUGGGAUUUUCCGGUCGCGGUAAAGGCGGAGGCGGGUUUGGUACUAAUUGGUCACCAGUAUCGGCGAUGUUUUCCACUCCCCUUCCAGGCGGUGAGAAAUCAAAGCAGAAUAAUCAAUCAAGGAGAUCUGAGCCAAAAGUGAUUUACAAAGAUGAUGUGUAUAUAGAUCUUUCUGACCCUAGUGAGUCUGAUUCCGAUGAUGAUGAUUGGGACAAUAGAAGAAAGAAAGUGAAAAAUGCCAAAGGGAAAGCAACCCCCACCAGAAAUGUUAAGAAAUCACAAAAUGAUAGGGCAAAAAAAGUGAAUGCUCAAAAUGUGGAUGGUGGGCGUCAUGUGCAAGGAGAAGUGGUAGGAAAAGGAGAGGGUAGUAGUGGGAAGAAGAAGGGAGCAAAGGACCUGGGAAAGUUGGAUUUAAAUGUAAUGUUUAGCAAUGAGGUAGAGGAGGCAGUGCCAGGAGUUAGUGAAGGGAAUGGAGCAGGGAAUGGGGAGGAGGAUAAUAUUGAAGGGAUUUCGUUUUUUGAAGGUCUUGAUGAGUUUUUGAGUAGCUUGCCAAUACUCUCUGUUGUUGGGGAAGACAAGGUCAAGGCUAGUUAGUGAAUGCAGUAGCCAAAAUAAGAUGGGGUGACUUUUACCUGUUCUUGGAUGUUAAUCAAGCAACCAAGUGAAAAUAUUUUUUUCAUUAGAAAUGGAAGAAAAUUAUUCCUCAGAAGUUGCGUGUAUAUAAGGAGACUAUUCCGGUUGCUGAAUGCAAGGCUUCCAAUGUGGAUUUGUAGCGACAUAGUUGCUUGGUAUCUAUAACGUAUAUAUCCAAGGGCUCUAUUUCUCUUGCUCUCGUAGCAAAUGGUUGCAGAUAUGGUAUACAAAGUAUAUGAUGUUAUUUGAUAAUACACUCAUAUGUAUGUAGAUGAUACUAUUCGAAUACAGACCAGAAACCUAAUUCUCAAAAUGCAAAGGCUGAAGCAGGAAAUUUUGAAUAAAAGAUGGAUCACAUGAUCUUAUAUUGUGUAGUUUUUGAAGCUUUGCCUCUAAAAUAAGGUUAAUAUUGUUGAAAGGGAUGUAAA